AUGAACACUGCUCGAAUAUGCCUACCUCGUUUAGAGACAUCAGAUAGAAAUGUAACAUAUCCUGUUAAUUCAGCAUCGCUCGUAGCCGUUGGAUGGGGUCUUUUGAAUUCUGACGCCCCAGAGAUACCAUCCGAUCAACAUCUUCAACAAGUGACAGUAGUAUCGGUGUCAGUUGAUGAUCCACGAUGUGAAGAGUUUAUUAGUGAUACACGCUUCCAGUUUUGUGCUGGCGUGGAUGGCGGCGGCAAAGAUACAUGUCAAGGUGAUUCAGGUGGUCCACUCAUGCGAUUUGAACCUACACAAAAACGAUGGGUAUUAGCUGGUAUCACAAGUUUUGGUUUAGGUUGUGCUGAUCCUCGCUAUUCUGGUGUAUACACACGUGUUUCAGCUUAUCGCGACUGGCUCCGCUCAGUUGUCAGUGAUGGAUUUAUUGAAUCAUUAAUUAAUCUUGAUUCCUCUGCUACUAAAAAAAAUAUGGAAAUAUCUAAUAAAACAUGUGACAUGAUAACAAAUGAAGAUAUACAAGCAAUUGAAUCAAUUUAUUCAUAUUGGUUUGGUGAAAAUAUUAAUACAUGGUCGAAAAGUUAUCCAGUAAGUACACAAUUAUGGUCUAAAGUCAAUGAACAAACAGAUCAAGAAAUUAGAGAUAAAUUUGAAAAAUAUUUAAUCGAUGCCACAACAUCAAAUAAUAAUCUUUAUCAACGUUGGAAAACAACUAAUCAAGGUCGAUUAGCAUUAAUUAUUUUAUUUGAUCAAUGUCCUCGUAAUAUAUAUCGUAAUACAAAAAAAAUGUUUGAAUUUGAUCCAUUAGCUCUUAAAUUAUCACUUGAUAUUAUUAAUGAUCCAACAUAUAUAACAACAUAUAGUUUACCUGAACGAUUGUUUAUCUAUUUUCCUCUUGUUCAUUCUGAAGAACUUUCUUAUACAACAAAAGGUGCAAAUUUAAUGAAUGAUCUCGUUACACAAAUAACUCAACGUGAUUUACGUAAACGAUAUAAUAAAAAUGCUCAAAUGGCAAAACUUUAUCAAGAAAUCAUUGAAUUAUUUGGUCGUUAUCCAAAUCGAAAUCAUUUUCUUGAACGUCAAUCAACUAUAGAAGAAGAAAAAUAUUUAAAAACAGCACGUAAUGGUUUUAUAAAACCCAUUAAAACUAUCAAAUCUACUAUUGAGAAUGAAAUGCCAUCUCUUUUAACUCAAUCAACAUCUCCCCUCUUAAAAAUACUUGUUCUUCAUGGUUUUCGUCAAAAUGCGAAUAGUUUAAAACGUAGCGCAAAGAAACUCUUCAAAGGAUUAAAAAACGUUGCAACAUUUUAUUUUGCUAAUGGCCCAUUACCAUGUAAUACAACAGGUGAAACGAAAGAAUCAUUAUCAAAUGCUUUUGACAAUGAAAAUAUGCCUGAAACAAGUUAUCAACGACAAUGGUGGAAUGCAUCAACAGAUUAUAAAACUUAUCAUCAUUUAGAUGUUUCAUUACAUUAUAUUGAUAAAUUAUUUAAAUCAGAAGGUCCAUUUGAUGGAAUAAUAGGCUUUUCUCAAGGAGCUGCAUUAACUGGAAUUUUAUGUGGUUUACAACCAUUUGGAAAUAUUACAUUUAAUUUUGCUAUUUUAAUUUCGGGAUUUCCUUCUCGAGCAGAAUCUCAUGAACAAUUAAUGCAACCGAAUUCAAUUAAAAAUAUACCAUCUUUACAUAUUUAUGGAACUAAUGAUGUUUUAGUUGCUAAUGAUCGAACAUUACAAUUAGCCGAUGUAUUUGAAAAUUCUAUAGUUUUAUCACAUCUUGGUGGACAUUUUACACCAAAUACAUGGCCAAGUACUGAUAUCAUACAAUUCUUACUUGAACAACAAAAAUGUUUAUCAAAUAAAUUGAAUAUUUCACAAAAUCCUGAUACAUUACAAUUUCAAUCCUUAAAAACAUUUGAAGAAAAACUCAAAGCAACAAUUUUCUUUCAUCAAAAACAAAUCUCAAAUAUUCCAGCUACUGAACGAAAAAAUACAAAAAUAUCUAUUAUUCCAAUUGGUUUGUCUAAAUCAUUUGAUCAAUCAAAUAUUGAAACUAUUAUUAAUAAUAAUAUCGAUGAUUAUCUAUUAGAUGAUAUUAUGUUACUUAUCUGGUGUGAACGAACAACAUUUCAUAAUAGUGAACCAAAUGAUAAUGAUGACAAAAAUCCAAUCUCAUUAUUUUUUCGACAUUGGAUAUUAUUAUAUUUAAAAAAAUCCGAUGAAUUGCUUUCAUCAUAUUUUAAUUUUAUUCCAAAAUAUGGUAGUUGGGGAGAUUUAAAAACUUUAUAUUUAUCUAUUUGUCAAAUGGAAAAUGAAUUUAUUGAUAAGAAAAUAUUAUUGGAUAAUCUGAAAGAAGAAUGUGUAAAAAUGUUUGGUGAACAAUUAAAACAUGAUUCUCGUAUUAUUUUAAAUCAACCAGAUGAAUUAGCAAAUGAACAAGAAGAACAAAUGAAUCUUAAAAAUCAAGAAUGGAUUAGUAAUUGUGCAAAAGAAGCUCCACGACUUGCUAGUAAUCGUAAUAAUUUAAGCACAAUUAUGGCCAAAGCAAUUGCAAAAUAUAUGCGACCAAUUAUUGAUAUUAAUAAUAAAAGUGAAAAAGGUUAUGUAUAUCAAAUGUAUCGACGAUUAAUAUCAGAUAUUUGUCAUGUAUUGAAAAAAGCAUCACCAACUUAUGUUGAUGAACAAGUUAGAUUACGAACACGACGAGAUCGGGCAUUUCAAUAUACAAAAGAACAACGAGAACAAUUAUUAAAUGCUCCACCUUCAGCCUACAUAACAAAUCCUGAACCCGAACCAGUUGUUCCAUGUUCUUUACAAGACUUACAGCCAUUAUUAGAACAUUUAAUAUUGAAUAAACCUGGACCUGAUAAUGAUAAUCAAUCGAUUGUCUUCUCACGUGGUACAAUUAUGACAGGUGGACGAUUAGAUUUAUGUAAACAAGUCGUAGGUCCAAAAGGUAUAAAACCAUUACUCGAUGCAAUGAAAAAUAGUUCAGUAGUUAAUCGAUUAUUAUUAGGAAAUAAUAUUGUUGGUUUACCUGGUGCUCAAGCUAUUUCUCAAUAUAUUCGUUUUAAUAUCGAUUCAAAUAUUGAUACAUGGUAUAUAGCUGGUAAUAAUUUCGACGAUGAAUGUAUGUCAUUAAUAUGUGAAGCAUUAGCAACUGAUACAAAAGUUAAAGCACUUUGGUUAAAACGAAAUCCAAUAUUACCUAGUGGAGUUAUUCAUAUUGCUCAAAUGUUAACAACAAAUCAUUAUUUACAAACAUUAGAUUUAUUAAAUACUGGUUUAUUAGAUGAUGGUUGUGAAAUAUUAUUUAAUAGUUUGAAAUUAAAUCAGACAUUAAAACAUUUGUAUUUGGAUACAAAUGGUCUUACGAUUAAAAGUGGACGAAUUAUACGUUUAUAUUUCGAACAAAAUGAGAAUCAUUUAGAAUCAUUAUAUUUAUCAUGCAAUGCAUUAGGUGAUGCAGGUACAUGUGAAAUAGCAGCUGGAUUAAAACAUGAUAAACAUCUUAAACGACUUGGUUUAGCAUCGAAUUGUAUUGGUGUUGAUGGUGCACGAGCUUUAGUUGACGUUCUGAUUGAUCAUUCAUCACUUGUACAAUUAAAUCUUGGUUAUAUGAAAGCAACAAUUUUACUUGGUGGUUUAGAUAAUGUUAUCGGAGAUGAAGGUGCAAUUGAAAUUAGUCGAUUGAUUCGUUCUAAUCAACAUAUUCGUUCAAUUGAUUUAACAUUUAAUGGGAUUUCACAAAAAGGAUUAAUACAAUUAAAAGAUGCUUUAAAACAAAAUCAAACUUUGACAACAUUAAAAAUCUUACAAUUUGGACAAGUACUUAAUGAAUUAACUAAAGAAGAAAUUAAUACAAAAAUUGAACAAAAUAAAAUUGAAUGGGGUAAACAAAUACUUAACAAUGAUCCGAAUUAUACUAAUACAUCACCAACAAAACCUGAAUGUUUGAAAAAAGGUCAAGAAUUAAAUGAUGAAAUCAAUUUUCCUGAACAUGUCAUGGAAAUAAUUAGUUAUUAUCGAACACAUUAA